CAAAAUAUGAUGGUAUACAACUGUACGUCAGGUCCCAUCAAAAGAAUCACUUGGGGUGAAAUAGAAAAACUUGCUUAUCCUUUCAUCUUGACAUACCCCAGCAUGGAGAUUUUCCGGUACCCUGGUGGCAGCUUUAAGACUAAUCGCCUCAUCAACAGCCUCUGUGAAAUCAUAGAUCACGAAAUUCCAGCAAGAACAGUUGAUUUCCUCGCGAGAAUUCUUGGUUAUAAGGCUGGGUUAGUCCAGGUGUACAACAGAAUUCAUCGUGCUGUUCAUAUUUUAGAAUAUUUCACCACACACGAGUGGAAUUUCCGCGCCAAUAACGUGCUCAUGCUUAUGGACAAAUUGGAGGGCAAGGAUAGAAAAAUAUUUGACCUUAACAUAUCUCAAAUUCACCUACAUGACUAUAUGAAAAACUACGUUCUGGGUGUCAGAAGGUUUGUAAUGAAAGAGGACGAUUCAACUCUUCCAACAGCUCGGAUAAAGCUUAAAAGGCGUUAUUAUUUUGAGCUUAUUUUCCGCGUGCUCUUAAUCUGUGGAAUUCUUCGAGUCCUCGUUAACCGAUCUAAGUUGGUUCGAAAACUCUGGUGGUCACUUGUGUCAUCUCUUCUCCAGUUAACUCAACUAAUUAUUUCCACGGUAUCAUUUUCUUGAAAUAGGCUUAAUUGAAAGAAGAAAUCCUUAUUGCGUUUGUAGUAAUCUAGGCCGAAAAGAAAAGAUGAAUUCCCUCUUGAUCUUCCUUAAUGAUUUAAAUAUUUUCCAAGGUUUAAAAAAACUCUAUCAUUGAAAUCUUGUCAAAAAAGAGGACAAAAAUAAAAGAAGAGAUUAAUGUCCCUCUCGAUAAAAUUACAACAAUUAAAAAUAAACCAUUGGUGUUCAUUCCUUUUAAUAGUCGUUCCGAUCACUAGAUACGAUUAAGGAACAGAGAAAAUUUUGUUCUUUUAACUGUUCUCAUCAAAAGUUAGACAGGCAGAAAUUUGUACUUUUUCAAAUUUUAUAAAGCGGAUAGUACAAAAACGUCCAACCCAGUGUUGUUUUGGAAUGAGUCUUGCAGUUCAUAAGGCUGACAAAUGUUUAAAUUCUGAUUGCACUCCAAUAAGUGUUGUUCUUUUUGUGUCUUUCGACAUCAUUGUUUAACCCACGUUUUACAAUAAAGAGAUAUGAAAAAUCAGUUAUUAAAGUGGCAUUUGCUUGCUCUGUAUUAAUUAAAUACACAGAAAAGCAAAUGCCAGGUAUUUGUAUCUCAUUUUGUGAUUUUUGAAUUAUUAUUUUCUUGCAUAAUAUAAUGUAACGAAUGAAUUUCGAAGAAAUCUACUUCAAUAACAAAGUAUUUUACAUUUAGUGUUUGGUAUAAUAAAACAUUACCGAAUAACUUAUGUUCACGAAAGUCUUUUCACUUUCUAAAAA